CGCAAGGCCCUUCGCUUCCGACACUGACUCUCCUUCUCCGUGCUCUUGAUUUCAGGUUCAUGAAUCACAGGGUCCCGUCCAACUGCAGGUAUCAGCCGACGGAGUACGAGCACGCCGCCAACUGCGCCACCCAUGCUUUCUGGAUCAUCCCGAGCAUCCUGGGAAGUUCCAUACUCCACGUCCUCUCCGACAACCAGUGGGAGACCAUAUCGGCGUGGAUCUACGGCUUCGGACUCACAGGGCUAUUCCUCGUCUCCACCAUCUUUCACACCAUCUCGUGGAAGAAGAGGCACUUAAGAGAGCAUUGCUUCGCUCUCCCCCAACCCCGAAACUGCUAUUACUAUCAAGGACUCAACGGCCUCUCUUAUUCUCCCAGGCUGAACCUGCGGGAAUUGGGCCCCUGGGCUUCCCAUAUGCGCUGGCUGAUUUGGAUCAUGGCCACCGUCGGGACCGUCUACGUUUUCUUUUUCCACGAGCGGUACAAGCUGGUGGAACUGGUGUGCUACAUAAUCAUGGGCUUUUUCCCAGCAGUGGUCAUUCUUUCCAUGCCCAACACCGACGGCCUCUUGGAGCUGAUGGCCGGCGGCGUUUUCUACUGCCUGGGCACUGUGUUCUUCAAGAGUGACGGACGCAUCCCCUUCGCUCACGCCAUCUGGCACCUGUUUGUGGCAAUCGGAGCUGGUAUCCACUAUUACGCCAUUUGGAGGUACCUCUAUCGGCCGGACGCUCUCGAGGGUAAAGCGUCCCGGUAG